AUGUCUGGGAAUGCACCAUUUCCAUCUGGCAUAGGCCAGAUGACUUGGGACCAUGUGAGUUUAUUGCAAAAUCUACCACAGGAGGGGUGUCUAAGUCUCGUUGGGGUAGUGCUGAUGCCGAAGAGGACCAAAAAAGUCUGUACCUCUCCUCGCAAUGGCGACAGUGUUGCUGUACCAGGUUCCCCAAAUCAAUUGGCAUAUCAGCUCUUCCGACGAGCGACAGUGACCGGCAAUCCUGUCAUUUCGGACGGUACAGACACUAUCGCUUCUCCAGUCUACACAUUUUCGGUUGUCACCGCAACAGCAGAAAGGGUUGAAGUCAUGAAAAGUGUCAAUUGUUCAGCUUUGCAGACCGUCAAAACACAGGCCUGUUGCCGUCUUGCCAAUUGA